AGCACGCUGACCUGUUACAACUCUCUGUACCGUGCAUGGUUUCAAGCCUCUGUUUAACACACACGACUCCACACAAAGGCACUGAGGUGUCUGCGUGAAGGAAAACGUGCUGCUCUCAAGCAACGGACCACUGUAUACGCUUUGUCAAGACCCAAUUCUCAUUGCGGCAACUUUUUUUUCUUGCUUUUAUAUAGAAGGCUUUCUUUCUCUCUAAUAAGUGGGAGACAAGACGUUCUUUAGAAGCUAAAAAAGAGAACUCCAGGAGCAGCGUCAACACCUCUCACCUCUCCUUUUUCCAAUUGCUGUCCAUUUGCAUCUGACACAUGUUUACGUCUUCACAGUCGUGUCUUCGCUCCGCUGCGGUGCGCGCAUCUCGACUUCCAUCGCUACGUCGGCGACUGCAGCGUCUUCGUCACACGAACCGUGCGGCGGAAGACGAGCUUCAGGAGCGCCGUCGGCUACACAGUCUGCUACGAGACUCGAAGAAUAGUCUCAACACAUCGCACUUUGCAGGCGGGCAUAGCGGUAGUAGUUGUGGUAGUGGCAAUGUCAGCGAGGCCACCACACGAGCCAUUCGUCUUCUCCCUCGCAACGAUGCGCUGGAGGCAGCUAUGGCCCUCUCGAUCAGCGAGAACCGUGACGCUCGCACGGAGCUGGAGCUGAUGCGGCGGCUGAUCAACAGCACCUUGCUCUCCCUCGCGUCCCCCGUUGAUCGGACAUGGGACCCAUACGAUGUAAAGCCGCAGGUAUUCGCGCUGAACACCUACAUCGCCCUCCCCGUAUUCACUUCCAUUCACUAUUUACGGCUCUUUUGUCAGCGGUUUGGGUUUGCGGUGCGGGACCCUAGCGGCGUUCUCUGGGCUGCCGGCGCGGCCAGCACGACGGAGGACGUCUCCAUUGCCGGACUACUGCCUGACGCGGUGGUGCAGAGCGAGUGGUGGCAGCAUCACCGCCACGCGCAGCCGGUGCACACGACGGAGGUGAACGUUGACGAGAGCGCUAAAGUCAACGCAGCACACAAUUCCGACUUUCACAGAGACGAAAGCACUGAUAAGCCCACAAGUUCUGUCGCUGGGAUGUCAACUACACAUAGUGGGGAGGGCUUAGAAGCAUCAGCGGCAACAGAAGCAAACCCUGGGCAGAAUGGCGAGCAAACACCGGGCCGCGGUGGGCCAUCUGCGCUGCCCACGGCAGAGCCCCUGAUCGAUGCGUCGGCGCUAUUUGACGUGAUGAUGUUGGAGGGCGUCGCGGACGAGGCGACCGAAACCACUUCCGCUAGAGAGCGCUGCGAGAAGAAGAGAGAGAGGCGAAGAGAAGCGUCAUCGGCAUCGUCUAGAGGAGUUACCACGCGUAGACUUGCUAGGGGCUGCGACGGUACGGCCCGCAGAAAGAAACACCGAAAGCGUCGACUGCGCUUAGCAAAGCGAGGCGGCAGCCAGGAGCGCCGCAGUCCAUCGGUGUCCAAUGCAGCGUCUGCGGAGCAGAGCGAGGAUGUUGACGGAAAGCAGCAGAAGACGACGGAGGAGAGCGCUGCUAAGUCCGCCUACUGGCAAGCAGUGGCACAGACGGCUCCGUUUGAGCUGAAGCAAGCCACUCCCCUCCCCACCUUCGGCCCCUUCCUACACCCGUUUCUGCUCGGCUACUUCGCGGACAUCUCCACCCUGCUGCACAACGCCGCCAUCGUACCGGAGAAGGUUGACAUCGUGGUGAACCCGGGCUCACCGAUCGAGUUCGUGCUCGCGCGUGCGGCGACGGACCGCGUUCUGCACAAGGAACAGCUUCUCCACCUCGCCUACCUGAAGGUAGAGAAGGAGCUGCAAAGGGAGUUCAGCAACUUUUUCUCUCUCUACUGCCCAGAAGUUCUCUACGCCUCCAGCGCCUGUGUGCCGCUGCCGAUGGAUCGUGAGGAGGUACAGGGCAUGCGUCGCGCGUCGCGCACCGCUGUCAAGGGCCGUGCAGGCGCAGCUGACGCCUUUUCCAGUCCGCUGCAGGAGUACCGCGAACGCACGCGGCUGCUUCGCGAGGCCGAGUACCGCAACGGCGUUGCUUAUGAGUUGACAAUACUGAUCCAGAGCACGUCGCUCGAGGAGACGUUCAUGAAGAUACAACACGCGAAGCAUCAGUCGAUGCUCAUGGGACACGCAGAGCUCGACGUUUUGCCAGAAGCAGCAGCCGCACCGCACGUGCGGGAGAUGUCACACCGCUUCUACGACGGCGUGUGUGAGCAGGAGAAGCUCGCCACUCAGCAGACCAUCGCAUCGCACGCAGCGGGGAAGUUGCGGCCGCACGCCGUGGGAGGAGGAGGAGAAUGCUGUGGCUUCUCUGACGCUAAUCCGUCUGCUGCUUCGCUGGAGACAUCGAAAAUGGGUGUCUUUUUACGUCGUGGCACUCCCCGCACCAUCAACGUGGCGCAAUCGGCGGAUUCGUAUUUCCACGAUCCGACGAACGCGUACACGGAGGCGCACGCCGUCUUCACGGAGGAGUUGAAGGUAAAGAGAGGGCAGUAG